AUGACUACGGGAAUUCUACGAGUUGAAGGUAGCAAAGUUGUGGACAACAAUGGCCGGGAAGUCGUUCUUCGAGGGGUGGCCAUUGGGGGAUAUCUAAAGUAUUUCCCUCCUUCCAUGAUUUUAUGGAAAACUUCAUCACCGGAUAUCCAGGCCACGAGUCGCAGCGCAGCAUCACACGCUGCAAUGCACAAAGCCCUGGGGCCCGAGAAAUACGAUUUCUUCUUCAACAAGUGGCUGGAGUUUUUCUUUACAGAGGCGGAUGCUAGGUUUGUUGCGGGACUUGGGCUGAACUGUAUUCGGAUUCCAUUUAACUAUCGCCAUCUGGAGGAUGAUAUGAAUCCGCGCGUGCUGAAGGAGUCUGGGUUUAGGCAUCUGGAUCGGGUGAUUGGUUUGUGCGCAAAAGAAAGGAUAUACACAAUCCUGGACAUGCACGCCGUCCCCGGUGGCCAAAACGGAGACUGGCAUUCGGACAAUCCCACAAACUACGCUGCUUUCUGGGACUACAAAGACCACCAAGACAGGACCGUGUGGCUAUGGGAGCAGAUUGCGGCCCGAUAUAGGAACAACUCCUGGGUUGCAGGAUACAAUCCUCUCAACGAGCCCUGCGAUCCAGAACAUAUACGACUGCCAGCCUUUUAUGAGCGCAUUGAGAAGGCUAUUCGGGUGGUUGAUCCAAAUCAUAUUCUGUGGUUGGAUGGAAAUACGUUUGCGAUGGAGUGGAGGGAGUUUGAUAAAGUACUUCCCAAUUGCGUUUACGCUAUUCAUGACUAUUCUUCGAUGGGAUUCCCUACAGGUGAACGAUAUCAAGGCACUCCAGAGCAAAAGCAGCUCCUCGAGAGUCAGUUCCUCCGCAAGGCACAGUUUAUGACCCAGCAUGGCACACCAAUCUGGAACGGUGAAUUUGGUCCAGUCUAUGCAGAUCCACGAAUAGAUGCAGAAGCUGGGGCCAUCAACCAAGAGAGAUACAGUUUGCUUGGUGAGCAACUACGCAUAUACGACAAAUACAACAUCCACUGGUCCAUCUGGUUAUACAAAGACAUUGGCCUCCAGGGAAUGAUUCACACCAGCCCAGAUAGCAAGUGGAAUACCACAAUUCAGUCUUUCCUAGAGAAGAAGAAUCAACUCUGGCUUGAUUCUUGGGGAAGACGACCCUCUUCCGAGCCCGAGGCAGCACUAGCACCGCUCGUUGAAUGGAUCGAUAAAGUCAGCCCAACAGCAAGAAAUACAUAUCCCACAUCCUGGGAUACGAAGCGACAUUUACUCCGUGCGGUGUUCCAGACCUUUUUGGCGGCUUCGUUUGCGGAUGAGUUUGCAGGGCUGUUUCGGGGGAUGGGUGAGGACGAGCUAGAGGCUUUGGCGUAUAGUUUUCAUUUCGAUGAGUGUGUUCAAAGAGGGGGGCUCAAUGAGAUUCUGAAGUGUCAUUCUGGUGUUCCUGGGUCUUGA